CGGAAGGAGAAGCCGAGACCGGCUAUAUGGUGGGGCGCUGGCGGUGUCGCUGUGGAGAGUGGGUGCUGCUCUCAGCUUUUCUCUGAGUGCAGUGUCUGUGUGGAGAGACCUCCUGGUACAUUGGAAAGAAUUCGAAAAGCUGUUUGCUCUGCUAAUUUUGUGGUGUAAAUGAGUUCCCCUUCUUUUGAAACAUUUGCCUUGUGUUAGCAAAACAUAGGAGAGAAAGAAACUCAUUACACGCUCUUCUAAUGAUGUUUUCUUCCAAUGGGCCUUUGGUGUAGGAUGUUGGAGAACCAAGAGCCGGAGGAGGUGAUCACUGUGCGUGUUCAGGACCCCCGUGUGCAGAAUGAGGGCUCCUGGAAUUCUUACGUGGAUUACAAGAUCUUCCUCCAUACCAACAGCAAAGCCUUCACUGCCAAGACGUCCUGUGUACGUCGCCGUUACCGUGAGUUCGUGUGGCUGAGAAAGCAGCUACAGAGAAACGCUGGUUUAGUGCCUGUCCCUGAACUUCCGGGGAAGUCAGCCUUCUUUGGCGGCUCAGAUGAGUUCAUCGAGAAGCGCCGACAGGGCCUGCAGCACUUCCUCGAAAAGGUCCUGCAGAGCGUCGUCCUCCUGUCAGACAGCCAGUUACACCUCUUCCUGCAAAGCCAGCUCUCGGUGCCCGAGAUAGAAGCCUGUGUCCAAGGCCAAAGCCCCAUGACCGUUUCCGAUGCCAUUCUUCGCUAUGCUAUGUCAAACUGUGGCUGGGUCCAGGAAGAGAGGCAGGGCUCUUGUCACUUGGCUAAAGGAGACCAGCCUAAGAGUUGCUGCUUUUUUCCAAGAUCGGCCAGGAGGAGUUCGCCCUCACCGCCUCCUGAGGAGGAAAAGAAUCAUUUUGAGGUGUGGGCUCCUGUUGUUGACUCUGAGGCCCCCUCCGUGGAAAGCCCCCCUCUGCCACCCCCUACCUCGCCGUCAUGCUGUGACUUUGCAAGACCUGAUGAGGGACCCUCUGAUCCUCAGCCUGUGAGGAGGUCCCUGGGAGGGGACCAUGCUGUGCCUUUGGGUCCGAGUCAGUUAGGAACAGUUUUGGAAAAGUGAACUCUGCUCCGAACUCGAGGGCCUGCUCUGAGGUGGACAGAGGAGAUGCAGACGAGGCGAUGCAAGCGCCCGGGUGGGACUGGGCACAGGGCAGGUGUUGGCGAGGCCGGGCUGCUUCACAGGUGCCUCUGUGCGCGUUGGUUGCAUAGAGGUCGGUCGCGACGACUCCUCAAGCUCUCUCCGUAGAAAUAAACACUGUGCAGAUGUUUGUAAGCUAAGCGCAAGGUGCAGGGGCUGUUGGUUUUGAGCAGAAUCCCAUGUUUACUCCCUUGGGAGCUGAGUUUCUUAUGAUGUUUGUUAACAGGCCCAGGAGCACUGCCCCAAGUGACUGAUUUUGGGAAUCUGUAAGUGGCAGAUGUUAAGCUGCCGUAUUGAAUAUUGUCCCGACAGAAUUGCUGUGCUGUUGUAUUCCCACUGGCUCUGCUUUGCUGCAGGCCCUGGAGCACUUCGUUUCUGGCAGGCUGGCCCCUUGCCUACCUCCUUGCACGGCCAGGGCAGUGAAAAUUUAUUCUCCCACCUCCUUGCUUUUCCUCCACUGGUACCACUGAACGGAAUGGUCCUGUGGCGGCUGCCAUGGGGGUUUCCUGCAUAUCCCGAGGCCUCAGCCUGGCUGUGUAGGGCCCGGGGCCCACAAAGUAGGUCGUGACUACCCAUGGAAGAGGAGUGGCUGUUCACGGCCAGAGGAAAGGCAGACAGCCCGGGGAGCUUUGUUUUGGAAAAUACUGUCCUGGCCUGUCACUGUCUCUUCUGGUUAUAGAGCAGAGAUGCAACCAUCUUUUCUGCAGAGGCGGAAUGGGCUCCUGUCUUUGUUGAAACCUUUUCUUCUCCCCCAGUGACAGCUCCCUGCCUCCAGGGCUGCAGCCUCCGCAGUGCCCCUCUGCUGUGCGGCAGGGAGGCCGUGUGCUCAGUCCAGUGGGGCGCAAGGGCUUUGUUUCUUCCUGGAGAGGACCUGGGGGCGGGGGCGGGGGUGAGGAGCAGCAUGCCUUCCUUCAGACAGCGAGGCAUCCUGCCGUCCUGCUGCCGCGGUUCCUCCCCGCUGAGAGCCAGAGCUGGGAGGAGAAGAGCGCCGCUGGCACUCCGCAUCGCUCUGCACUUGGGUUUGUGUGCGGUUCCUGCCCACGCCUCCGCGCGCCGGCUGCCCCACCUGUCUGCGGGCUCUUUAACUACCAGCCUAAGCUGUGGGACUGUCAUGGCAUUUAGUUCAGAGUUGAGGGGCUUUGGCCUGAAAUAAAAUUCAACUAUUUAA